CGGCGCCGUCUGGCUCGGUUGGGCCGGGGCGGGAGCGCGGCGCGGGACGGCAGGGCCUGCGGGCUGCCGACGGCGGCCUAGGUGGCCGGCAGGUGAGAGUACUUAGGAUUUCACGUAUUUUUGCUGAACUUAUUAAAAAAAGGCGCUUGGGAUGAUGGAUUAACAAGAACAUUGAAAUUCUGUGAAAAGUUUCAAAUUGGAGCAUACUGAAUUUUCACCCUAGUCCAGCAGCUCUGCUGCUCACUUAAAUACAGAUGAAUGAAGACCCCAUUCGGGAAGACACCUGGCCAGCGGUCCAGAGCUGAUGCAGGCCAUGCUGGUGUAUCUGCAAGCAUGAUGAAGAAACGGACAUCCCACAAAAAACAUCGGAGCAGUGUGGGGCCGAGCAAACCUGUUUCCCAGCCCCGGCGGAACAUCGUAGGCUGCAGGAUUCAGCAUGGGUGGAAAGAGGGGAAUGGCCCCAUCACCCAGUGGAAAGGAACCGUUCUGGACCAGGUGCCUGUAAAUCCUUCUUUGUAUCUUAUAAAAUACGAUGGAUUUGACUGUGUUUAUGGACUAGAACUUAAUAAAGAUGAAAGAGUUUCUGCGCUUGAAGUCCUCCCUGAUAGAGUUGCAACAUCUCGAAUCAGUGAUGCACACCUAGCCGACACAAUGAUUGGCAAAGCAGUGGAGCACAUGUUUGAGACCGAGGAUGGCUCUAAAGACGAGUGGAGGGGAAUGGUCUUAGCACGCGCCCCUAUAAUGAACACAUGGUUUUACAUCACCUAUGAAAAAGAUCCUGUCUUGUACAUGUACCAGCUCUUAGAUGAUUAUAAAGAAGGCGACCUUCGCAUUAUGCCCGAUUCUAAUGAUUCACCUCCAGCGGAAAGGGAACCAGGAGAAGUUGUGGACAGCCUGGUAGGCAAACAAGUGGAAUAUGCCAAAGAAGAUGGCUCUAAGAGGACUGGCAUGGUCAUUCAUCAAGUAGAAGCCAAACCGUCUGUCUAUUUCAUCAAGUUUGAUGAUGAUUUCCAUAUUUAUGUCUACGAUUUGGUGAAAACAUCCUAGAUGUCAUCACGAACUUUGCCAAAUUUGUGGAACUAUUAAAUGUAUAAUUUGUAGACAUAAAGACUUGAUUGCUUUCCAGUUUAAUGAAAGCUUAAAUGUCCCUGCGAACCCACAAUCUCUGCCAGCAGAACUGGUUUUGUUCUGAAUAGUACAGAUUUAUGUGAACACAAA